AUGCGUUACGUAGCUGCAUACCUGCUGGCUGUUCUGGGCGGUAACGCCGCUCCAUCCAACUCGGACAUCGAGAAGAUCCUCAGCUCGGUGGGCAUCGACGUCGAUUCGGCCCGCGUCACCAAGGUGGUGAAUGAGCUGAAGGGCAAAUCGAUCGAAGAAUUGAUUGCUUCCGGACGCGAGAAGCUGUCUUCGAUGCCGGCCGGUGGUGGUGCAGUUGCUGCUGCUCCUGCUGCUGGCGGUGGUGGUGGCGCUGCUGCCCCGGCAGCCGAGAAGAAGGAGGAGAAGAAGGAAGAAUCGGAAUCCGAAGACGAAGACAUGGGCUUCGGUCUUUUCGAGUAA